AGUGAAACAAAAGACAUGGAAGACAGAAACUCUGAUGAAGACCUUCUCAUUGUGCCGGAGCAGAGAGAAGAAGUGAGUCAAUCAGAGGCUGGAACAGCUAAAGCUGAAGCAGGAUUCAGGAUUGUUCUUAUUGGGAAAACUGGAGCUGGGAAAAGUGCAACAGGAAACAUCAUCUUAAGGGAGACAAUAUUUAGAUCAGCAAUGUCAUCUUCCACAGUGACUUUAGAGUGUCAGAAGGAAACAAGAGAGUUUGAAAGUCAAGUAUUGGCUGUGGUUGAUACUCCAGGUCUGUUUGAUACUGAACUAGCUCCAUGGGAGGUGGUGAGUGCGCUCACUAGAUGCAUCUCCUUUGCUGCUCCUGGUCCUCAUGCGUUCCUGGUUGUGAUCCAACCUUGCAGAUUCACCAAAGAAGAACAAGAAACAGUAAAAAUCAUUCAGAAGGUGUUUGGAGAAAGUGCAGCACAAUACACUUUGGCCUUAUUCACCCAUGGAGAUCAGAUGAAGGAGGAGGGAGUCACAGCAGAAAAAUUAAUUAGUGAAAGUAAACCUCUCCGUGACUUCAUCAGCAAGUGUGGAGACCGAUAUCAUGUUUUUAACAACAGAGAAAAGGAGGAUGCCACUCAGGUCAGAGAGCUGCUGGAGAAGAUCAACACCAUGGUUCAACUAAAUGGAAGCAAAUACUACACUAAUGAGAAGUUCAUAGCAGCAGAAAAAGCCAUACAAGAAAAGGUGGAAAAAAUUUUAAGAAAAAAUCCCCAUUUCACACCCAGAGAAGCAAGAAUAAAGGCAGAGAGACAAAACCGUUUUAUUAAGUCUGCUUUAACUGUGAUUGGAAGUGGUGGUGCUGCAGCUGCUCUUGGAGUUGGUAUUGAAUUCGUUACUGUAGGUGCUGUUGGAGCUGUAGGAGGCCCAGUGGGUCUAGUAGCGGGUUUGGCAGUGGCUUCAAUAGCUGUGGCACUGAGAAGGGAAGCAUGCAAAAUACAGUGA